UUCAGGGGUGGGGCACAUAGCUCCUCACGAGCUCCCACCUGUUAAAGAAGCCCCUUUUGGAAAGCCCUCUACGCUUGGGACCAAACAAAAGCUGAGCAUGUGUUGCACUGUGUUUACGGCUAUUUGACUUUGAGAGAGGCUUCCGGACUGACCACUGGCUUUCUGAAGAGCGGGACUCAAACGUUUAGAAUCAGUACCUCUGUUCUCAGGGUGUAUUUCUACGGCCCUGCAGCACCCUCUACUGUUCUUGAUAGGCACUGCAGUUGUGGCGUGCCCAGUAAUCACGCAACGCUAUGGCCCAAUAUGAUCAACUGGACGAUAAGGAUUCGUUGGAUUUCCAUGACAACCCUCCAGCGCCGGACAAUGUGGUGAAAGAGGAGGACAACACGGUCUAUUUCAUCUAUGAUGAAGAGGUUGAGGAAGAGGAGAAAGAGGAGCCCCCUCCUCCUGAGCCUGUGAAGCCAGUCAACGACAAACCACACAAGUUCAAGGACCACUACUGCAAGAAGCCCAAAUUCUGUGACGUCUGCGCACGCAUGAUAGUCCUCAAUAAUAAAUUUGCGCUGAGAUGCAAAAACUGCAAGACCAACAUCCACCAUCAGUGCCAGUCCUACGUGGAGUUUCAGAAAUGCUUCGGUAAAAUUCCUCCUGGUUUCAGACGUGCGUACAGCUCCCCACUCUACAGCAGUCAGCAGAAUGCUACAGUUAGCCAGCUGCUCCCCUUCUCCCAGUCAAAUCGCACUGACCCCGUGUUUGAGACCCUGCGUGUCGGAGUCAUCAUGGCCAACAAGGAGCGCAAGAAGGGGUCAGAGGACAAGCAUAAGAUGAUGAUGAUGAUGAUGGAGGAAGAGGACUCCCAGCCUAAAGAAGACGAGGCGGGAGAGGGAGCAAAUCAAGAGGGGGACAAGAAAGGGGACAAAGCAGCUGCUGAUGACAAGACUAAGAAGCCCCAGCCGGGUAAACUGGGUGUGUUCUCCCACACUCACUACUACCUCGCCCUGUACCGUUUCAAAGCUGUGGAGAAAGACGACUUGGACCUGCACCCUGGGGACCGUAUCACUGUGAUUGAUGACUCCAAUGAGGAAUGGUGGAGGGGUAAGAUUGGAGAGAAGUCAGGCUUCCUUCCAGCCAACUACAUCAUCCGUGUGCGCUCAGGAGAGAGGGUGUACAAAGUGACCCGCUCGUUUGUGGGCAACAGAGAGAUGGGGCAGAUCACCCUGAAGAAAGACCAGAUUGUGGUGAAGAAGGGAGAGGAAGUGAACGGCUAUCUGAAAGUCAGCACUGGACGCAAGCUGGGCUUCUUCCCCGCCAACUUGCUGCAGGAGAUCUGAGCUGGACUCUCAGAUACUGGACAGCCUCUAACACUUGCUAUUUAUCUCAACCCAAGCUACAAGAAGACUAAAACGAAGCAGUAUUAGCGACGUCUGCCGCAUUCUCUUUUGUGACUGCUUGAACUUCAGGUGGAAAUAAAAACGGCAAAAAUGUG